AUGAGCAUCAAUAGUGAAAGUACCAAUGACUGUCCUGAAGUAAAUAACGAAUCAGUAAAUAUCCUAGAUACCAUUGAUAGAGAUAGCUCAUCAAGUGCUGAUGAAUAUGAAUCUGCAAAGCAGGAAUCAUCUGUUCCACCAGUUAACAUCGAUAAGGACACGAAUUCUGCAAAUGAAGAUACUAGUUUUGCAAAUGAAGCUAGCUACUCUCCGAAGAAUGAAAACAUCACUAAAAAUAACAAAGAUGAUGACAGUCAUACAAGAGCACAAGACCCUAUUAUAAUGCCUCGAAAACGUAGCCAUCACACAAAAGCUUUAAGAUCAGUGUUCCCACCUAGAUCAGUGGCCAUGAAAGAAAUUAUCCCUGAGGGAAAAGAAAAAUGGUAUCCUAUUCAAUUCUUGAUUAAUAGUGCAAAAUUAUGCUGGACACAUUUCCUCGCACAAGAUGACCGUAUCUUGAUGGCUAAAUGUAAACACUGUUGGAAAAUUAUUAAAAAUACGAAGGCAACCACCACUAAUAAACCAUUAACAAAGGAUUUUAGGUCCCAUUUAACAAAAGCACACAAUAUUGGACCUUGGAAUAAUUACUACCAGAUAGACAAACCUAAAGAAAGAAAGAAAGUUCCCAUUCCUAGUGUUCUUAAACUUUCUAAAGAAGAACAUAUGUAUGGUAAAUAUUACCCUACCGUUUUUGAUCCGCAUACUGCAGUGGAAGGUAAAAGAGCUGCCUUCAACAGAGUUUUAAAUUCUAAUAACAAUCGUUUCGGAAAGUCACGAUUCUUAACGUUAUUCUGCAUUCUACAAAAUUUCAAAUUUGAAAUUAUGGAAAAAAAUUCGUUCGAAACACUAAUGAAUUUACUAAAUCUACAUGUACAGAUCGAUUCGCAGUUAAUAAUGGAGAAUGUCAUGCAGUUAGAUGACCAACUAUUAGAUUUAAUUACAAGAAGUAUUGCGUACCAUGCAGAGAACUUUCCUCUCAUUUUGACAAAAGACAAAUUAAGUGAUGAUACAACGAUUAACCAUAAUAACAUAGAGACAUUUAUCAAUAGCGGCUUAAGCCAGAUACUUGAAGUACCUUUAUUUUCUAUUGAGCAAUAUAUUUAUGGCGGUAGGUUUUUGGUCAUUAGUUUACAAUAUUGCGAUAAAACAUAUUUUCAAAGGAGAUAUAUUCCAUUAGUUAUUUCGCCGAUUUUAAACGAUGAGAUGCCUGAUAUUAAUGCAAUUGUUUCACAACUAAGAUAUAUAUUUAACGAUGUUACAGGAUUAGAUAAAACUGCGUUAUCUGUGGUACUGCCUUCUACAACAAAUAAUAUACGAUCCAUGAUGCUGGAACAAAAUUCAGUUCUAGCAGAUGUCCAUUUUCACGAAUGUUUCAUAUCGACGCUUGUAGGUUCUCUUGUUCCUUUUUUUGGAGGCCCUUCGAGAAAAGGGUACCAAGAUAUAAAACCCUCAACUCAUCCAAAUAGUAGAACAAUCAUUGAUAAUUUGCUAAAUUUAAAAAACAUAGAUAUAUAUGAUUCAGUAUUUGGAAAGAUAAAUCGUUAUUAUGAAGAAAUUAAUGGCUCUUCUACCCUUCAGGAACGGUUUGAUAGAGCAUGUGUUGGAACAACCAAAUUAUAUCAUGAUGUCAGGUUUGUACCAUUCGAUAAAGAGAGGCCCUCUACAGCUACUGAUUUCUUAAAAUUAUUUCUGGAGUAUAAGGAAGAAACUAUGAUUAUUAAUGAACACUUAAUGGAGGAAUCCUUUAGUCAAGGGGAUCUUGAACUUAUUCAGACCGUUGAGUGUAUAUUGUCGGUAUCUUUUGAUUUAAUCAGAUUUUUUGAUGGUUCUACAUCACAAUUUCAAAAUGUUACAUUGGCACUUAUUGCACUAGAACAGUACAUAAAAACCAUUCUAGAAGAAGCCGUAACCCAGAAAGCUAAAUGUCUAAUCAGGAACUUCUUAACUAACAUUACCGAAUGCAGGAGGCGUAUGUCACAUAAUAAAGAUAUGCUACUGUCGAUAUUCAUAUCUCCAAAUAUGCUCCACAACAACGAUACGUUAUCGCAUUUGUACCCUGAUCUUAAUUUUCAGGAUAUUCUAGAUGAUGCUGUUGAAAUAGCAUUUUCCCUGCUAACCAGAUUUUUUCAGGUGGAGGAGAAAUUAAAUGACGACCCUGCUAAAGAUUCUGCGGAGCCCAACACCUAUAAAAGACUAGCAUUUAUGGAUUUUGGUGACAAUACUCAGAUUGGUAUAGAUGGUAAAGUAUUGUUUGAUUCGAUAUUAAGAGAUCAAAUCAGGCGAGAUUUUGGUGAAUUUAUGAAUGUUGUCAAUGCAGAAUACGACAUAUUUUUUACCAAAAGAUUAUCAAAAACAAGGUAUGAAAAAGAGAAUUUUGCAUUUAAAAAUAAAAAUACUGGGGAAGUACUUAAUCCAGUUCAAGAAUUAUUGGAAAUUCACUUACCAACUGGUAAUGCUUUUUUGAAAAAGUACAUGGAAUUAGAAAUUGGGAUUGUCUUUGCAGUAAUAGUUAAAUGUGUACUGGGACAAUCAUCAAAUGCAUUUUCUCCGGCGUUAUCCUUCCUGUUUGAUUUUGAACCUGCAAAUGAAGAGACUCUUCUGGAAGAAGUCAUUAGGAUUAGAACAUUCGCCAAUCAGUUUAAUAUUGAAAACAUUGUAUGGGAGGAGGAUGAUUUAUUCACCAUUUGUAAUUUACCUGGGUUGGGUUAG